ACCAUGUAAUUUGAAUAAAUAAAAAGAAAGCAAUUUUCCGGUUAACAAAAAAUCUCAAACUCAGUGAGUGAGUCACCGAAAACCUCUUGUAGUAGAUUCGUGACGGGUUUGAUCAUCUCUUCGAGGUCGGUUCUAGGGUUUCACUACGAGAAUGGACGGAGAUGAGCUCACCGAGCAGGAAACUGCUCUUUAUGACCGUCAAAUUAGGGUAUGGGGAGCUGGUGCUCAAAGAAGAUUGAGUAAAUCUCAUGUUUUGGUAUCUGGAAUUAAGGGCACUGUUGCUGAGUUUUGUAAGAACAUUGUGUUGGCAGGAGUAGGUAGUGUGACUCUGUUGGAUGAUCGAUUGGUUACAACGGAAGUCUUCAACGCAAACUUCUUGAUUCUUCCUGAUGAAAAUGCUUAUGUAGGCAAAACCGUAGCUGAGAUUUGUUGUGAUUCACUUAAGGAUUUUAACCCUAUGGUUCAUGUUUCAAUAGAGAAAGGUGAUUUGUCAACACUUGGUGUUGAUUUUUUCGAGAAGUUUGAUGUUGUGGUUAUCGGCUACAGUUCUCGUGCUACUAAGAAAGCAGUUAAUGAAAAGUGUAGGAACCUAGCAAAAGAUGUAGCGUUCUAUACAGUUGAUUGUAGAGGCUCAUGUGGCGAAAUAUUUGUCGACCUUCAGAAUUAUAAGUACACAAAGAAAAAGCUUGAUGAAACAGUGGAAUGUGAACUAACAUUUCCAAGUUUUGAGGAGGCAGUUUCAGUACCGUGGAAACCGAUGCCAAGGAGAACAGCAAAGCUCUACUUUGCAAUGAGAGUGAUAGAACUAUUUGAGGAAACUGAAGGACGUAAACCUGGGGAAUGUUCGCUGUCUGAUCUCCCAAGAGUUUUGAAACUCAAAAAGGAACUAUGUGAAGGAAAUUCGGUCAGCGAGAAUCAUAUUCCAGAUAUCCUCUUGGAGAGACUCGUAUCUAAUAACACAGAAUUCCCACCGGCUUGUGCCAUCAUUGGAGGGAUUCUAGGACAGGAGGUGAUAAAAGUUAUAUCAGGCAAAGGAGAGCCGUUGAAGAACUUCUUCUACUUUGAUGCAGAGGAUGGGAAAGGUGUAAUCGAGGACCUAUCCCACAAGCUUUAACUUCCAAACAUGAAAGGUGCUGUGAAACGCUGCUCUUAGUAAUUAGUUCCUUGUUGAAGAUUGUAUUGGAAAUUAGACUUUAGAGUACUUAGAACUUGGCUCCUUGUCUUUUGUAUCUACUAACUUGGUUCGCUCCUAAAGACAAUCUGUAACCCACUAUUUACUUUAAUCCAUCAAUUUACACACUCCUAUCUAUGUGAAGGUGUUCUAUUUUGUCCGGAAAUUUUCGAUUUCGGUUUCUGGCUCUUUGAGUGGCAUCUUUAUAAUAUAACAAACAGCAAAAUUUGACAGUCUAUAGUGAGUUUUGUUAUGGUUCAUUGCUUAGUGACAUUAUUUGUUGUUGAGGGAGGUUUCAAACCA